AUGUCGAAAACUACUACUCCAUUCCUCCAUUUCUUCACCAUUAUUUUCUUCUUCACCUUACCCUUUAUUCAUGGCAAUGCACAAAAUGUUACAGCUCAAGAACAAACUAUUCUUCUUCAACUCAAAGACUACUGGUCCAGUUUAACCAACAUCAGUCACUGGAUUCCGUCGUCCGACCACUGCACGUGGCCCGAGGUCACGUGCACCGAUGGUCGGGUCACAAAGCUCGAGAUCAUCAAUAACACCAUCAGUGAAACAAUCCCAACAUUUAUCUGUGACCUGAAAAAUCUAUCCUACAUUGACCUUCACGAGAAUUUCAUCCCUGGAUUCUUUCCUAAAUCUCUUUAUAACUGUUCUAAUCUCAAAUAUUUAGACCUUCAAGUAAACCAACUCGUUGGAAGAAUUCCUGAUGACAUUAACCGGCUUUCGCCUUGGCUUCAGGUUCUUAACUUGAGUGGGAACAAUUUCUCUGGUGAUAUCCCUGCAUCCAUUGGGAGCUUCCCGGAACUCAAAAGUCUCCAGCUUUCGACCAACUUGUUCAACGGUUCUAUUCCCCCAGAAAUUGGCAAUCUGUCCAAUCUUGAAGAAUUAAGUUUGAACGAAAACCCGUUUUUGCCACAUGCAAUACCAUCAAGUUUCACUAAGCUGAAGAAAUUGAGAAAUCUUUGGAUGUAUAUAACAAAUUUGAUAGGAGAAAUCCCUGAAAGUGUUGGGAAUUUGUCAGCUUUAGAAUCCCUGGACUUUUCUGAAAAUGGUUUAAGUGGCAGCAUCCCAAAUUCUCUGUUCCUGCUCAAGAACUUGACUUUUGUGUAUCUUUACAAAAAUAGGCUGUCGGGAUCAAUUCCUCGGACCGUUGAGGCCUUGAAUUUGGAGUUAAUCGAUCUUUCUGAUAACAACUUGACGGGAACAAUACCAGAUGAUUUUGAAAAGCUGACAAAACUUACCGGUUUGGCUUUGUUUUUCAAUCAAUUAUCUGGCGAAGUUCCAGUAGGUAUCAGUAGAUUGCCAUCUCUGAUAAAUAUUGGGCUAUUCAGCAAUAAUCUAUCAGGCGAAUUGCCACCCGAUUUUGGGUUACACUCAACCCUGAAUACAUUCCAAGUUGCGUCUAACCAUUUUGUCGGGUUGUUACCAAAGAAUUUGUGUGCUAAUAAGGCACUUAUAGGUCUUGUUGUGUUCGACAACAAUUUGACAGGUGAAUUGCCAGAAUCGCUAGGGAAUUGUGACAGUUUGAUAGUUGUUCGGGUUUAUGGAAACCGGUUUUCUGGUAAUAUUCCAGGAGGAUUGUGGACAUCAUUGAACUUAACUACACUGAUGAUAAGCGAUAACUUGUUUACAGGUCAGCUCCCGGAUAAAGUAGGGCCUAACUUGUCUCUGCUUGAGAUGUAUAACAACCGGUUUUCAGGUGAAAUUCCAGCUGGGAUAUCUUCUUGGGAGAACUUGAGGGUGUUUAAGGCAAGUAACAACUUGCUUACUGGUAAAAUUCCUAAAGAGUUGACUGUUCUUCCAUUGCUGUCAAGUAUUUUGCUAGAUGGAAAUAGACUUUCAUCAAGCCUUCCAUCGACAAUAAUCUCGUGGAAAUCUUUAAAUAUAUUGAAUCUCAGUCGAAACCAAUUAUCUGGUGAAAUUCCUGCAGCAAUCGGGCUUUUACCUGAACUUCUGUAUUUGGAUUUGUCAGCAAACAACUUUUCUGGUCCGAUCCCACCUGAAAUUGGCAGUUUGAGGCUAUCUUCACUCAAUCUCUCUUCAAAUCAGCUCUCUGGGAGAAUCCCGGGUGAAUUUGAAAAUGCAGUUUUCGAUUUUCGGAAUAAUCCAAGACUGUGCGCAAGUAAUCCAGCAUUAGGGCUCAGCAGUUGUCAGGCUUCACCUGCCAGAAAAUCGAACAAACUUCCAUCCCACUUAAUUGCUACAGUCUCAAGUAUUUUAGCAGUUGCAUUUUUAGUUGUUCUCUUAUACACAAUCUUAGUUGUUAGAACUAACAGGAGGAGGAAGCACGAUUUGGAGUCGACUUGGAAAAUGACUUCAUUCCAUAGAUUGAGUUUCACAGAAUCAACCAUUUCAUCUGGUUUAAUAGAGAACAACAUAAUUGGAAGAGGAGGGUCAGGAACAGUUUUCCGGAUUCCCAUAAAUCGUUCCGGUGCAUAUGUUGCUGUUAAGAGGAUUUGGAACAACGUGAAGUUGGAUCUGAAACUCGAAAAGGAAUUUCUAUCGGAAGUUCAAAUUCUUGGCACCAUAAGGCACUCCAAGAUAGUGAAACUUCUUUGUUGCAUUUCAAGUCAUAAUUCGAAGCUGCUCGUAUAUGAGUACAUGGAAAAUCGUAGUCUCGACAGAUGGCUUCGUGGCAAGAAUCGACCAUCCACAAUCUCGGGCUCGUUUGGUUAUAUAGCUCCAGAGUAUGCACAAACAAGGAGAGUGAAUGAGAAGGUUGAUGUAUAUAGCUUUGGAGUCAUCCUUUUGGAACUAGUCACCGGAAGGGAAGCUCGUGAUGGAGACGAGAGCUCGUCUCUGGCAGAAUGGGCAUGGCGUCACAUUCAGGAAGGUAAACAUGUAGUCGAUGCCAUGGAUGAGGAUAUUAAGGAACCACAAUAUUUGGAUGAAAUAAGCAGUGUAUUCAAACUCGGGAUUAUCUGCACUAGCAAACUUCCAUCGAGUAGGCCUACUAUGAAGGAGGUUUUGCAAAUCUUGCUCCGAUAUCGCCAUUCGUCGUUGCACGGAGGAGAAAAGAUGAUAAGAAACGAGUACGAUGUUGCUCCUCUACUUCAGAACUUGAAGCCCGAGAGGAAACUCGAACUCAACGACAGUGUUUAA